AUGCCGCGACUGGGGCUGCCCCUCGUGCUGCUGCUGGGCGCCUGCGUGCGUGGCUUCCUGUACGCGCUGCCGUCCGUGCACUCUACGUUGUCGUCGCGCCCUGAGCUCGUAACGUCCGUCUCGUCCUUCCGCCGGCUGCAGGAGGGCGCCUACCUCUUCCGUUCUACCGGCUCGCCCUACUCGGGGGACGUGUAUCAUCAGCCGCCGCUGCUGUUCGCCCUGCUGUACCCCGUUCUACAGCUCACCCCAGCCGCUCUACAGUACCUGGUAGCAUGUGCAGUAUUCAUUAGCGUGGAUCUACUUAUCGCGGCGGGAUUCGCUCGCCUGUGCGCCAGGAACCUGCAGCUGGAGGAGGGACGACGCUUCAAGGUUCGAGGAGAGGAGAUCUGGCUGAGCCAAGUGCCGGUGUCGCCGCUGUUCAAGCCUGAGAAUCUACCCACUACUGUGGCCUUCAUAGCGUUGAUGAACCCGUACUCACUGGCCUCGAGCGUCGCCAUGUCCACGGUGUCGUUCACCCACCUGGCAGUGCUCUACAGUUUGGUGUUCGCCUCGGAAGGAGCGGUUGCUGCAUCCAUGAUGUGUGUGGCGGCUGGCACGUACCUGUCGGUGUAUCCGUUCUUCCUGAUAGUGCCGAUCGUGCUGUUACUGCGUAGUGUGAAGAGUGGCAAGACUGCUAGUGAGGAGGAGGGUGAUCAGAAGAGUACUCCAGGUCCCUCUUUGCUGUCGCUGGGCGUGAGUAGCUUGCUGGUGUUUGGUGUCUGGUUGGGCUUGCUGUUCUACCUGUCGUGGAGUCUGAGUGGAGACUGGGGAUUUAUCGAGGAAACGUACAUGUGGGUGGCAACGUAUUCGGACUUGACACCGAACAUCGGCAUUUUCUGGUACUUCUUCAUGGAAGUCUUCGACCGCUUUAUUCCGUACUUCCUCUUCAUCUUGCACCUACACCCAGUCAUCUACGUGGUCCCGAUUUACCUGCGCUUAGCGCACCGACCUCAAGCCUACGCGUGCACAUUGAUCGGUAUUUUCUCCCUCUUCCAAGCGUACCCUUCUUUCGGCGACUUCGGCUUCUUCCUCCCGAUGCUGGCGCUGCACCCGAAAACCACCAUGACGAUCGAGAAUCGGUUCGUGUACGUGCUGGGUCUGGGCGUGGCGACGUGCAUGCUGCCGGUGAUGUGGUUCCUGUGGCUGUUCCCGGCGUCGGGCAACGCCAACUUCUUCUACAACCAGACGCUGGUGUACCAGAUCUUCAACUCGCAGAUCAUCACGGCGUUCGUGGGCGCGACCAUGAAGCGCGACAAGGACGUGGACAAGUUCCGGGCGAGCGCGCUCAAGAAGCACGACUAA